AUGGCGUCUCUCUAUAACCAAGUCCCUUCUGUGUCUGCAGUUUUCUCUUUAUACGCAUCUUUCUCUGCAAUCAUGAUGCUUUUCCGUACAGUCAUCAACGAGAUUGUCCCUAAGGGAAUCCGAGAUUACAUCACUGUGAGAUUUGUAGAUUUCUUCUCCUCUUACUUUCAGUUUGAGUCGAGCUUUACGUUUGUGAUCGAGCAAAAGUGGGGGUCCGUGGACAACCAGACCUUUCGUGCCGCCGAAGCUUACUUACCAACAUGUCUUGCCGGACUCUCCACGGAAAAACUCGUCGUGGGUUGCAAUCUGAAGAAUCCAUCAGAUCAGAUCAGCUCCAACUCAAACAGGGGAUCCAGCGGAUCAGCUCCAACUUGGAAUCCAGCGGGUCAGCUCAAACUCGGAGUCCCAGUCGACACAAAGAUCAUUGAUGAGUUUGAAGGGAUUCAUCUUGAGUGGACUCUACACUCUACUGUAAUGGAGACUUAUCCCUACGAGAAACGCUACUUUCAUCUGACAUGCAAGAAGAAGUUUCGUGAGAAGAUAAUGACAGAUUGCUUCACACACUUUGUGAAAUCAGCACAGAAGAGAAUGAGCCAUCGCGAGAAUCUCAAUAUCUACACGUACAACCAACAACAUUCCUAUUGGGAACCCGCCAUUUUCGAGCACCACGCGACCUUCGAGACCCUAGCCAUCGAGCCAAAACUCAAAACCACCAUGAUCGAUGAUCUUGACGCAUUCUCCAAAGGAAAAGACUUCUUCAAGAGCGUGGGACGAGCUUGGAAACGUGGUUACCUUCUUUACGGUCCACCGGGAACCGGGAAGUCCUCUAUGGUGGCUGCGAUUGCUAACUACAUGAAUUACCAUAUUUAUGAUCUCCAGCUUCAGAGCGUUAGCAACGAUGGCCAGUUGCGGAAGAUUCUCACCACAACACAAAACCGGUCGAUUAUUCUCAUUGAAGACAUUGAUUGUGGAUCUGAUGCUUCUAGUAUACGCAAGACCAAGGGAAAGGAACAAGUUUCCUCUACCUCCGAAGGGAUAUCUUUGUCUGGUCUGUUGAACUUUGUAGACGGGCUUUGGUCGUGCUGCGCAGAAGAAAGAAUCAUAAUUUUCACAACCAAUCACAAGGAGAAGCUCGAUCCGGCGUUGCUGAGGCCAGGGAGAAUGGACAUUCACAUUCUCAUGGACUAUUGCACGACCUUUGUGUUCAAGAAGCUUGUGGCUAUGUACCUCAAGAUUGACGACCAUGCCCUAAUUGAUCCCAUUGAGGAGCUUGUCCUUGAGGUGAGUGUAACUCCGGCUGAAGUUACUCAGCAGCUCAUGGUAAGUAAGAAUGCUGAUGUUGCGCUCAAGGGUCUCCUUGAGCUCUUGGAAACCAAGAAGAUGAGAAAGGAAGACGAUGCCAAAGUGGAGGAUGAGGGAGAGAUUGAAGAAGCAGAAACAUAA